AUGACAGCCACUAUCCUAAUAAUUGCCAUAACUCUAUCAACUAUUCUAGCAAUCUUAAGUUUUUGACUUCCCCAAAUAACCCCUGAUAUAGAAAAACUCUCCCCCUACGAGUGUGGAUUUGAUCCUCUGGGCUCUAUGCGAUUACCAUUCUCCAUACGAUUCUUCUUGAUCGCCAUUUUAUUUCUUCUAUUUGACCUAGAGAUUGCGCUUCUUCUCCCUUUCCCUUGAGCCGCACAACUUAACACACCAAGUAUUGUAAUCUUAUGAGCAGCUCUAAUUCUAACCCUUCUUACUCUUGGCCUAAUUUAUGAAUGACUUCAAGGAGGCCUAGAAUGAGCUGAAU